AAAUCCCGCUCACCAACUCCACACCCACCGGAAAAUGACGUCAGAAACGCCGUCACCCGCCGCCAACUACUGGGGCGACAUGCCGGAAGAAGAAUACUACGCUUCUCAAGGAGUACGCAACUCCAAAUCAUACUUCUCUACACCUCACGGCAAACUCUUCACUCAAACAUUUCUCCCACUUAGAUCCAAAACACCCCUUAAAGCAACAGUCUACAUGACCCAUGGAUACGGGUCGGAUACCGGUUGGUUAUUCCAGAAAAUAUGUAUCAGUUACGCCACGUGGGGUUAUGCUGUGUUUGCUGCUGAUCUGUUAGGACAUGGACGGUCAGAUGGGAUUAGAUGUUAUCUUGGUGAAUUGGAGAAGACUGCUGAGGCUUCCUUGUGCUUUUUUAAGAGUGUGAGGGAUAGUGAUGAGUAUAAGCAUUUGCCUGCGUUUCUGUUUGGGGAAUCUAUGGGUGGGUUAGCUACCUUGCUUAUGUAUUUCCAGUCGGAAAAGGAUACUUGGACCGGGUUGAUCUUUUCCGCCCCGCUUUUUGUCAUUCCUGAACCUAUGAAGCCUUCUAAGGUACAUUUAUUCAUGUAUGGAUUGCUAUUUGGAUUUGCCGAUACAUGGGCGGCAAUGCCGGACAACAAAAUGGUGGGCAAGGCUAUCAGGGACCCUGAGAAACUGAAAAUAAUCGCAAGCAAUCCCAGGAGAUAUACCGGGAAGCCAAGGGUUGGAACUAUGAGGGAGAUUGCCAGGCAAUGUGAAUACGUCCAGAACAAUUUCCACAAGGUCACUGCGCCAUUUUUGACAGUGCAUGGUACCUCGGAUGGUGUUACAUGCCCUACUGGCUCGAAAUUGUUGUACGAGAAGGCAAGCAGUGAGGACAAGACCCUCAAGAUUUAUGAUGGAAUGUAUCAUUCAUUGAUCCAAGGGGAACCUGAUGAUGCUGCCAAUCUUGUUUUAGCUGAUAUGAGGGCUUGGAUUGAUGAGAGGGUUGAGAAGUAUGGUCCAAAAUGCAAUGGCUCUGCAUAGUACUCUUCGACUUUGAACUCAGCUUAACCGAUGUAUUCUUUGGUGCUUGACCCCAAAUUUGGUGGCUCAGUGGACUACGUUUAACAACUAUGCCUUUAAAGCCAAGAUAUAAUCAGAAAAAAGAAACCCUAGUAUUUUUAAUUA